AUGACGGCUCCGAAUAUUGCCAAUGUUGAUAGGAGAACCUCAAUAAGCGAUCGCCCUCCAGCAUAUGAAGAUGGUGUUCACUUUCCUCCACUGGCCGCACACCACUCACUUUCGGCAACAAAUGGUUCCCAAAUAGGAUUUCCUGAAGAUGACGCUCUUCCAAGAGAGCCAUCGAUAGCAGAAUCUCUGCCUGGCUACUCAAGAUCCGACAUCCCACUCACCACUCUCCCACCACCAAAUCCCUUCCGCGAAGUUGAUCAACAUGUUCCCUUUUUCAAGAACUACGGGAGGGGAAUCCUCAUCGCGGCUGUCCUACUUGUAGUCGCUCCCGUUGCUGGGGUAAUCGGUGGAAUCGUCGCUCGCAAUGCCAGAAGAGAUGCGUCCGACCAAGAUAUCCCCUCGCCGAAGUUUCUGGCAUUGGCUGCUGCGGAGUGCCAAGAGGGAACCUUUGUGUUUUGGCAGACGAGCAGCUCGGAUGAUAUAUGGAUGAUUGGAACCUUGACGAGCGCAACCUGGAACAGAACAUCAUAUGCCUACAUUCCUGCGACAAGGCUGGACUUGGGUCUCCGCAAUCAGUCUGUGUUGGCAAAGACUAAUUUGACGGCUGUUUGUUGGCGAGAGGCCUCCUCGACUCUGCAUGUACGGUUCUACUUUUACCUAGUGCCAGCUCUCUCUCCAGGGAACGGAUCGUCCGAAGCACAGCUCACUGAGGGUCACAUCCGGAUGGUACCCGCCCCAUGGAGUGAAGAAGUGGACACUUACGUUCCUGGGCAAAUCCUCAAGUCCUCAUUGGCGAUGGUACCUGCUCAAGGUUCGCUCGCAGCUACUUAUCUGCCUUCUCAAGGGGUUAAGCUCUAUUAUUCAUACAUCCCUGGCGACUCCUUGGCUGCGCAUGCUGAGAUCAAGGAGCUUUCAUACUCGCCAGCUACCGAUUCGUGGUCAGAAUCAACAACCCAGGCAUUGGCACAUGACAGAGGUACUGGAUUGGCUGUUGCUUCAGUCGACGACCCGGCGAAGACUGAGGUUUACAUAUUUUUUGUCAACACAGAUAUCCAGCUUUCGACUGUCAGAUGGACAAACGCCACUGGUUGGGACAAAGAGAAACUCCCCUUGAUUUUCAACGACAAAGCAUCCAUAACCGAUCCCGUUGGAAAGCGUGCCGUCAACAUCAUUGCGGUAGCUCAAGGGAGUUCUUCCACUACUCAACUCUACUUCAUACAAGACCAUCAUAUUCGGGGCCCUUCAUACGUCGCUUUAUCGGCGUAUUCCACAAUUGAUAAGCAAGACUAUGAUAUGGACAUUUUGCCCGAUGCUAUUGAGCAUCCCGGACUCAUCGCAAGUACCUCGUAUGGAGAGACUGUACGCGUUCAAUUAUUCUAUGUGACGAGAGUGGAGGAUGCUGCUAAGGUGAACGGAGUCUCACAAGCUGGGACGAAAAUUGUGAAUGCCACUUUAGGAGUGGGACCGGGGAACAAUUUGACAUUGUUGACGUAUUUGAGUAUAGAGGACGAGGCACUCAACACGGACUGA